AUGAUUGACAUAUUUAUACUGAAGAUUGAAAAUCCAGGCUGCUUUUGGGUUCAUGUAAAAGAAGGUGGAAGAUUUGUAGAAAAUGAGACAGACUAUAAAAAACUUCAUGAAGAAAUGAAUUUGUUUUAUAAUAAAUCGUACAAAGGUGUGGAGGAAGUCAAGCCAUCUGUGUUAGAAGAAGGGCAGGUUUGUGUUGUUUAUUGGCAGGAACUGAAAUCCUGGUGCAGAGCCAUUGUUAAAUCAAUUAUAUCAUGUACGGAGUAUUACCUUGUUGAGUGUUUCCUUGUAGACCAUGCCAAGAGUGUUCCUGUGAAAACAGACAGGAUUUGUGUUGCCUUAGAAUCAUUUAUGAGACUGCCUUACAGAGCAAAGAAGUUUAGGCUGUACUGUAUAAAACCAGUAACGCUGCGUUUCAACUACUGUAACAACAAUGCAGAGAUAGUCCCUACUAACAGAUGGGACGUUGCAGCUAUCAAGUAUUUCCAAAACCUCCUGAAUGGAACCGCCAAAGUUGAGGCAAAGUUAUGUGCUAUCGAAGAUGACAAUUUUGAUGUGUAUCUUUAUGUCACAGUAAAGGGUCAAAAGGUAUGUGUAAAUGAUGAUCUUGUUGCAAAGAACUUUGCCUACUAUGAGACAAAAAAAGACAAACUGCUGAGUAUUGUGGAAAAACAAAAGAUACAGCCAUCAUUAAGCCCUGAGUUUUAUUCAGAGGUGAUGAAUCCUGCAUUUGUUCUGUGGCCAACAUUGUUGCAGGCCAAGGAAUCCAGUGAUUUUAAAACAUGUGCUGCUGUUUCUGAUAAUACUGAGAAAAUAAAAUGCAAGCGUCUAGAGGAAACUGCCUCCCAUAAUGGAAUAACUGAGUCAAAUAUAGUGGUGGCUGUUCCUCCUUUAGAAAAAGGCGUAACAGUUUCUGCACAAGUGGAUGGGAAGACUGACAGCACAUUGCAUCAGAAAACUGCUCAAAACCAGGAGGAGCCAGAGAAAGAUCUUGAUAAGAAUACUGUCUGUUUGAAGCUCCUACAGUUUUUAAACCCUGAUCCUCUGAAAGCUAGUGACAGAUAUGAUGAGAAAGAGGGAUUUCACGUGAAUGUCAGCACACGUCUUCCCAUUGUUCUUAGUAAUGGAAUUGAUCCGUGCACCACUCUUGAAACUGCACCACUCUUUCCUGAACUGAGAAAGGAGCUUCUCCGGAAUCAGGUCCUAGGUCCUAACCACAUACAGUCAUAUUCCUGGCCACCAAUAGCUCGUGGGUGUGAUUCAGUUAUCAUCUUUCCUGAAAAUGAUCCACUUGUAUAUCUUCCACCACUUAUUACAUUCUUGCAGUCAAGGAGUUGCUAUGUGUCCCUGCCAGCUAGGAGUGGUCCAGUAGCAUUAAUUGUGUGCCCUGGAUGGAAGAAGGCUGAACAGGUGUUUGAGUUACUAGAAAUCUACACCCGUUGUUCUAGGCCUCUGCACCCCAUGUUGCUUUUAUUGGGAUUGAACAAAGAAGAUAUCAAGAGUGUGAAAAUUCCAAGAGGAUGCGAGGUCAUUAUAACAACCCCUCAUAACGUUACACGGCUGUUUGAAUGGCAUAGUUUAAUGUUCCUCAAGCUUUGCCAUCUUGUGUUUGAUGAGGUCGAGGUGUUGUUCUCUAAAGCAAAUGAACAAAUGUUAAACAUUUUAGACUAUUACAAAAACCACCUCAUCACUGAAGAGAGGGAAUCUGCACCACAGCAGAUUGUUGCUGUUGGAAGCCAUUGGAACAAAAGCCUACAGUAUUUAACCAAAGAGUACAUGAAUGAUCCAUAUGUUGUGAUCACAUCCAUGGAAGAAGCAGCCAUAUACGGGAACGUACAACAGGUGGUACAGCUAUGUCUUGAGUGUGACAGAGUCUCUACAUUACUUCAAGUAUUGGAUUUUACUCCUACUAAUGGUCAGAAGACAUUGGUUUUCACCCGUUCUACAGAAGAAACAGAUACAGUUUCCAAGGCAGUGGAAAGCACUUCAAUUUUUUGCUUGAAAAUACAGCCUGGAAUUGAUUUUGAUUAUGCUGUAGCACUGUGGAACCAAAGAUUUAGCUCUGGCACACAUACUGUAUUAGUUUUAACUGAUGACUGCAUGCCAGCCCUAGGAAUUACUGAUGCAACAUGUGUUGUCCAUUUCAGUUUUCCUACCUCCCCAAGAAUCUUCGGUGCGCGUUUAUACAGCAUGUCUGCUAACUUCCAAAAUUCAUUUGAAAAGGUAUUGUCUCUGGACCAAGGAGAACCAAAGGCAAAAUCCAUCUUGUUGUUGACAGAGAAGAGUGCGUGCCAUGCUGCUGGGGUGCUUCGUUAUUUGGAACGCACAGAAGCCAAAAUACCACCCGAACUGUGUGACUUUAUAGCUGGAGUGCUUGAAGCCAAAGAAGAUAGCAAGAGUGGGAGGCCUCUCUGUCACUACCUUAAAGCAUAUGGAGUUUGCAAGGAUAAACACCGCUGUCCAGAUCGACAUCAAAUUAAUUUGCAAAUAGAUUCACCCCGAAAAGUGACGGAUGAAACUCUCCCUAUAGCAGGAAAUGUAACGAUACUACCACUUUUCAUUGUGGAUGCCACACGGUACUUUGGCCGCAUAGUAGGUAAACCAAAGGAUCAGUAUACAUCUCUUGCUGAAGAGCUGAAAGAGUAUUACAAAAAAGCUAGCAAUCGUAUUUCUGUUGACACAGUGGAGAAGCUGGCAAUGUGUGGAUUGCAAGAAGAAAAUUCUUUCCACAGGGUUCAAGUACUGGAAGUGGCAGCAAAAGAAGAAAAUUGUGUAUUUUAUAGUGUUUGUAUCAAGUACAUAGAUGAAGGUCGAUCUGGUCAAGUCCAGAAUUAUCAGUUGCUGAACCUGCCAGAAAAAUUUCAAGUCUUCCCCCCUCAGGCUGUGGAAUUUAUUGUUUGUAGGGUUAAACCUAUUGAUAAAGAAACAGAGUGGCAUCCAAAGGUUACUAGAUACAUCCAUCAAAAGAUCAGAGGAAAACCACAUGAAGCAAAAAUAAUACUUACCUUGGGAAACACUAUUUGGGUGGAUCCAAUGGUUCGGGUCACUAGACUCUUAGAUCUGAAGACUUCUAUCAAUGAAUACAAUGUUCGCUCUGAGAUUCUGUCGACUGGAAUGGGAGUUGACAAUCCAGAACACACACAAGAACUCCAGAGGUUGUUUCAAAAUGCUGGACUAGCCCCUGAGAAAAAAGACUUGCCUCCAUUAAUGCAUCUUCUGAAAUGUGGAGCAAGUGAGCUGGCCACGCCUGCUUCACAAAAUGGCUCGGAUCAAGUCGGGGUUAGUUCAGAGAGCAUCCAAGAAGAGGUCAGUUCCAGCGUGCCAAGUGCAGAAGACAAUGCCAUUAUUGAUGAUGAUGAAGCCAUACAAAAUAAGAAGGCCGAAGAAUCUCCAAAGCCACAUGACAAAUGCUUCUAUCCAGUAAUAAAGUGGUUUGACAAGAGGGAUGUUGUGGUUAUGAAGAUAAAAUUACAGAAUGUGACCAACUAUGACUGCAGAUUUUUCACUCAGAGGAUCAUUUUCAGUGCUUUUGCAGGAGACAAAUACUAUUUGGCUGACAUGGAGCUGCAAGAUAGUAUCCUCAAAGAAAAAUCUGCAUGCCUUCUUAAGAGCGACGAGCCUGUGAUCACCCUGGCAAAAGAGAAGGAGGAACCUUGGUGCAACUUGCUAAAGCACAAAAACCCUAAUGUGACUUUUGAUUUUGAUCACUUGGAAGAUUCCGAACAAAAAAGCCCCUUUCCUGUUGGCGUUGGUUCUAAGAAGGUGUAUCAGCUUGCUAUAGAGGAAGAGGAAGAAGAGGAGGAAUCUUCAGAAGCCAGUGACACAGAGAGCGAUGAUUUGUCUGCUGAUUAA